GAAUUGCGAGUGGUGGAGAUGAUGCCACCGUCAUCAUCUGGGAUACCGAGAGCAAACAGAUGGUAUUCAAUCCGCUGGUGAAGCACACAGAGAAGGUGAACUCUGUGUGCUUCUCCCCGGAUGGAAGGAGAGUCGCAAGCGGUUCGCAUGAUUCAACGGUUGUUGUAUGGAAUGCGGAGACUGGCGCAGUCCUUGCAACACUCGAUCAUCGUAAUGGUGGCAAAACCGGCGUACACGUGUGGAGCGUGUCAUUUAGCCCGGAUGGGCUAAAAUUAGCAUCCGGAUCAUCUGACCAUACCAUCCGGGUGUGGCGCACCGUUAACGCCGAAUGUUUGCUCAAGAUCAACGCUGGCUUGCAAUGGACAGUUCGAAGUGUUGUGUGGUCGCCCGACGGCAACCAGCUUGUAUCUGUAGCAUCCAACAAUACAGCCAAGUUCUGGGAUUCGUCUAGUGGAGAAAAGAUCGGUCAACCGUGUAUCGGUCACACUCGCUGGAUCACCUGUCUUGCCAUCUCUUCAGAUAACUCCUUCAUCGCCACAGCAUCAGGCGACAGCACUGUGCGGCUAUGGUGCACAAAGACACAUAAGCAGAUAGGACAUGUACUUGAACAUGCCAAAAAAGUUCACUUUGUUGCGAUUUCUCCCGAUGCAGAACUGCUUGUGACUCGGAGUGGAGCCGAUCAUGGAGAUCUUCUGCUUUGGUCUGUUAGGGACAUACUGGAGCAUGGUAAAGUAGAGGAAAGCACGACAGAGGACGAGGAAAUACAGGGAGAGCAACUCUGCAGAAGCGAAACGCAGAGUUGUUGUGACAGCAAAAAUGAGCAUAUCUGCGAUAACAUCAAUCACAAAGAGCCCUCUGUUGAUCAGGACAGUACAUGCGACUCCUCUGACUUCCACGACGCCCUUAGCAGUAUUAGUGACGACCAAGACUUAUUAUUUGAUAUCUUCGCUAUAAGGAAGACAGUCCGCAAUUCUUGGGACCUUCAUAUCAUCGAAGACCUCUUGACCCAUGAAAUCGAGUUCGACGAAGAUGACAACAGAUGCGAUACGUAUGCUAAUCGCUCAAUUGUAAGGGCGCGAAAGUUCGAGUGGGACGAUGCACUUCAAGACGCAGUCAAGUCUAUUGCUAUCCAGCCCUCAUUACUGGGCUACGUUUCCAAGGGCAUCGCCCUUUGCGGCAACAAGCAGCUCUGGGACGCGAUGGAAGCUUUCGAUUCCGCUUUUGUAUUUUCCAAUAGCGAUCCCAAUAUCCUCAAUCUUUUACUACUGAUCAAGGCUAUUGCGCUUUUCUAUGCCGGUCGCCACGAUGAGGCAAUGCGACGGGUUCAAGACCUCACAACCGCUUCUCAACACUCAGAUCCAAUUCCGUGUAGCGUUGCCAAUGUGAGCUUUGUAUCAAACCUGAAAUUUCUCUCACUCUCGACCAAACCUGUUAGUCGUAUCUACAUGUGCAGCUUGCAACCACUGCUUUCCAGGAUGGGCGGUACAGCGAAGCCGCCAAUCAACUCGAUUGUAGUAUUCCCAGUUUAACGGAAUUGUUCUCGAGCAGAGCACUUUUUGAACCUAGAUUGAAGAUAUUCACGGUGCUCUUCGGAUGGGACUUAGACACGUCAUGGCAAAGCGUCAACCAAAUGCGAUGCAAAGCA